AUGUCUAAUCAGGACUGUGAAAGUCCAGAGCCAGAAGAGGAGCUGGCUAAACCGGACAGCCCGUUCUUGGAUGAUGUAGAAAGACGUGAAUUACACAUUGGGGUACAGAGGAAUACAACACAUGCUCAUUUAUUUCAAUUUAAAUGCAGGAAGGAAUCGCCCAGCACAUCUCUGCUCUGCCCCACUGCAGAUGCGCCCGUAGCAGCAUUGGACGGCAAGUCAUCCAAUUAUUUCGCAGCCCUGGAUUCAAACAUUGAAAAUCUGCAGAGAAGAACGCAGCAGCUGAUUGAGAAGAUCAACGAGAACCGGAAGAAAGACCACACUGUCAUGAGCAAUUUCAGGGAGAGCCUCAUGCUGAAGGUUUCGAGUUUGGCGGAGAAGCUGGAGGAAAUGAUGUUUCUCAUUUACGAUCGCCAUAACAAGCAAAUGCAGGAUAAGCUCCAAGAGCUCUCGGAGAUAAUGGAGAGGAUCAGCCAGAUCCAAACGGAGCUCAGACAAGUCUGCCACACUGUGGAGGCAGCAUAUAAAGACUUGUGCGUGCAGCCGGAGGUGUGA